AGACGUAACGCUGGGACGCAGAGCUUCUGUGCUCACUGAUAAGGGAACAGGCAGAGUUAAAGUCGGAAUUAAACGGAUUUAAAUUCCCCUUCAAGGAGCUUGUUGUCAGAAUUGUCGGUUAAUAGGCGUUUUCUCAUCCCGGCUGUUUCAGGUUCAGAGUCCAGAUGGCUUCACUGCAACGUCUGAGGCUGCGCCACCCUGCAGAUAUCAUCGUCUCCCAUCUUCACACCAGCAGCCGCGCCUCAGCCAAGCAGCAUUACAAGAUGCUGGUCCUUGGUGGAGGAAGUGGAGGUAUCACCAUGAGCGCACGGAUGAAGAGGCUGGUUGGAGCUGAGAAUGUGGCUGUUGUGGAGCCGUCGGAGGUGCACUACUAUCAGCCAAUUUGGACCCUGGUUGGUGCCGGCGCUAAAUCCGUGACCACUUCAGCUCGUCCCACCGCCAGCGUUAUGCCGUCGGGUGUGAAAUGGGUCAAAUCAAAGGUUCAGGAAAUAAACCCAGACAAAAACACUGUCCUUACCGACGAUGGAACGGAGAUCUCUUAUGAAUAUUUGAUUGUGGCACUUGGUUUACAACUUCAUUAUGAGAGAAUUAAAGGGCUGCCUGAGGCUUUUGAGCAUCCAAAGAUCGGAUCGAACUACUCUGUCCAAACUGUGGAGAAAACCUGGAAGGCUCUGCAAAACUUCAAAGAGGGCAACGCUGUGUUCACAUUCCCAAAUACUCCUGUGAAAUGUGCUGGAGCGCCACAAAAGAUCAUGUACUUAUCAGAUGCUUAUCUCAGAAAGACCGGGAAAAGAGCAAAGGCCAAUGUGAUAUACAACACAUCACUACCUGUGCUGUUUGGGAUCAAGAAAUAUGCUGAUGCUCUGUGGGACAUUGUGAAAGCUCGUGAUCUACAAGUGAACCUUCGCCAGAACCUGAUCGAGGUGCGGCCAGACAAGCAAGAGGCCGUGUUUGAGAACCUUGACAAACCAGGCGAGACCAAAGUGAUUGAGUAUGAGAUGCUCCAUGUUACACCACCGAUGGGGCCCAGUUUGGUGAUUAAAGGAGGUCCGCUGGCCGACGACAUCGGCUGGUUGGACCUCAACAAAGACACCCUUCAGCAUAACAGAUAUCCAAAUGUGUUUGGGAUUGGAGACUGCACGAGCCUUCCCACGGCCAAAACCGGCGCCGCCGUCGCUGCACAGUCGGCAGUCCUGCACAGAACGAUCAGCAAGAUACUGAAAAACCAGAAGCCUGAUAAGAAGUACGACGGGUACACCUCCUGUCCGCUGGUCACGAGCUACAACACGGUCAUCCUGGCAGAAUUUGACUACAACGGACAACCGCUGGAAACUUUCCCCAUCAACCAGGCCAAAGAGAGAAGAUUAAUGUACUACAUGAAGGCUGACGUGAUGCCCCAGCUCUACUGGCACGGGCUUCUCCGGGGCCUGUGGGGCGGUCCGGGGCCGUACAGGAAGAUCUUUCACCUUGGGAUGAAGUAAAACCGUCCCGUCAGCUUGUACGUCGAGAUUUUCCUGAAACUACUGGAUGGACCUCGUCCAUGUGAUGGCUGAAAGAACGGACGCUCACAUGUGAUUCUGUGAUCUUUGUCAUAAUACAGGGUAAAAGAGACAAAAAUAUCUGUCUAAAACAGGUGUGUGAAAGAUGCUGAAAUAAAAAUAAUGAGUAGUCUCUACGUGCUAACAGGUGAAUCUUCUGGAUUGUUUUCUUUUAUUUUGGACGGCUCAUUAAAUGGGAAGUAACAAGUGGUUUGUUUUCACUAACAGGUUAAAAUGAAGCUGGAAAUAUGCAUGAAACUCGUUUAGUUUCUCAUUACUGGGUACAAAAUGCACAUUUUUAUGGUUCAGAUGUGAACUGACACUUUAGUUCAUAACCGCCAUGCAUUGAAUUUGUAAAUUAUUGAGGAUUUGCACAUUUUUUUCUUUGUGUUGCAAAAUCACGCCAGUUGUUGCUACAAGAUACUGUCAGGAUCCCCAACUCCAUCUUUUAAUGUUUAAUGUAUCAAAGAAGUGUGAAUGUCCAAAGGAUUUAACUUUGUUUGUGCAGUCGGCAAUUGUGAGUCUAUUUUUAUCUGACAGUGAUUCGUGCAACUAAAUAUUCUGUAAGAGUUGAUUUUUGGAGUUUCUUAACCACGAACAUGCAAAAACUACCACAAGUGCUUUAUUUUACAUUCAUGCAUCAGUGUCCAUCAUGUUUUCUACACCGAUUAAUUUUUUCUUCAGACACAACUGUUGUUAUAACAUCUC